GCUCAUGCGUGAUGUGACUCGAGCACCACUCGGGACUAUCUGCUCACACACACACGCCUGUAGUGUGUCUGUGUGUGCGGAGUUGUGUGUGUGUGUGUGUGUGCCAGCCGGAUCGAUACACCAGCAAUUAGUCAGCUCCAAUUAGUUCCCAUUAACGGGCCAGACAGCCAGUCAGGGAGAGUGCGUUCAUCUGCUGCUGCCUUCUCCCCGGACUACAACAGCUGGGAUGUGUGAGUAGAAAGCCCGCCAGGCUCACCCACAGCACCCAGAGGUGUCUCCAAACAUGGACAGGAUAGGGGUGUCGUUCCUGGACCCUCUGGAUGACUACGAGUUAAUCCACCGGAUUGGGUGCGGCACCUACGGAGAUGUGUUCAAGGCUCGUAACAUCAGGACAUCUGAACUGGCAGCUAUCAAGAUUGUCAAGCUAGACCCUGGCGAUGACAUCACGUCCAUCCAGCAGGAGAUCACGAUGAUGAAGGAGUGCAAGCACAAAAACAUUGUGGCCUACUUCGGCAGCUAUCACAGGAACACCAAGCUGUGGAUCUGCAUGGAAUACUGUGGUGGGGGGUCACUUCAGGAUAUGUACCAUGUGACGGGCCCAUUAAAGGAGAAACAGAUAGCGUACGUGUGCAGAGAAACCCUCCAGGGUUUGUAUCACCUGCACGAAACUGGCAAAAUGCAUAGAGACAUAAAGGGAGCCAACAUCCUUCUGACAGAGAGAGGAGAUGUAAAACUGGCUGACUUUGGAGUGGCAGCAGAGAUCAGUGCCUCCGUAGCCAAAAGGAAGUCUUUUAUAGGAACUCCCUACUGGAUGGCUCCAGAGGUGGCUGCAGUUGAGAAGAAGGGCGGGUACAAUCACCUUUGUGACAUCUGGGCCGUUGGCAUCACCGCCAUCGAGCUGGCUGAGCUCCAGCCACCCAUGUUUGACCUCCACCCAAUGAGAGCGCUGAUGUUGAUGUCCAAAAGCAACUUCCAGCCUCCAAGACUAAAGGAUAAAGCCAAAUGGUCAGCAAGUUUCCAAAGCUUUGUGAAGAUGGCUCUGAUUAAAAGCCCUCGUAAAAGGCCCUCAGCUGAGACACUGCUGCAGCAUCCGUUUGUGACACAGCUCCUGACACGUAACCUGGUCAUUGAGCUGCUGGACAUGGCCAACAACCCUGAGCUCCACACUGCCCACACACACAGCAUGGACGACAACGAGCUGGAGGUCGGGGAACUGGCUCCUGACAAGAUUCAGUCAGCAGGGAAACACCUGCCUGUAGAGAGGACCCUGUCUGAAGAACAAUUCGAUCAAGUGAAGUUUGGGCCUCCUCUGAGGAAAGUCACUGAGCCUUAUCCUGAUAUGCAGGGCUCAUAUGAUGAUGACUGGAGUCUGUCUGGAGAUGAAGACAACUCACCGAGCCUGUUGGAAUGUGUGGAGCAAGCUCUGCAGCUGAGGAGUUUAACCAUUAGGAGGGCGCCAUCUACUGAUGGAGGUAGAAAGAGUGGUUUGUUCAGUCCGUCUACAGCCUCCCUGCCAGCCUUCAGCUCUUUAACUCCCAACGCAGACGACAGUGACCUGACGCUGAGACCCAGCUGCACACUCGGCCCCGACGCUGCUGUCACUGCUGACUCCCCCUCCACUACAGUGUUGGCCAGGUGCUCAGCCACACAGGACAUCAGACAGCGCUGCAGUGAUCCAUGUCUGCCAGGAGGGGAUGCUGUAACAGUGGAGAAGAGGAAGGUCACCACUGUUUCCUCUCCCAAAAGGGAGACACCACUGUCACCUGAAUGGAGCACGCUAAGAAAACAGACUGAGGACGCUAGGGCUGAUUGUCAUGGACUUCCUCCUACCCCUCAAGUCCAUAUGGGAGCCUGCUUCUCCAAAGUCUUCAACGGUUGUCCCCUUAAAAUCCACUGUGCUGUCACAUGGGUUUUACCCAAAACAAGAGAUCAGUACCUCAUUCUUGGGGCGGAGGAGGGCAUCUAUAUACUGAACCUUAAUGAGCUUCAUGAAGAUACACUAGAGAGGUUGCUCCCUCAGCGAUGCACAUGGUUGUAUGUUAUGAACAACGUGCUGAUGUCUGUAUCAGGGAAGUCUUCCCAGCUGUAUUCCCACAGUCUGACGGCUCUGUUUGAACAAAGAGGACAUUUGCAGAAGAAACACAGCAGCCUGUCACUCACCACCAGCCGCUUCACUGAGAGGAUCAGCUCCAGCCACAGAAAGUUCGCCAUAUCUGUGAAGAUCCCCGACACUAAAGGCUGUAGGAGAUGUAGUGUAGCGAGAAACCCAUACACAGACAGUACAUUUCUAUGUGGGGCAGUUCCAUCAGGCUUGGUUCUUCUGUUGUGGUAUGAACCUCUGCAGAAGUUCAUGCAUUUAAAGCACAUAGCAAUGAGGCUACCUGACCAUCUGCCGAUAUUUGAGCUGCUGGUGUUGGUGUCAGAUGAGUUUCCCCAGCUGUGUGUUGGUGUGAGAGACUGUAGUAAUGGCAAACGCCCAACCAGCGAACAGCUCAAGUUUGAUAUUAUCGAGCUGAACAGCACACCUAUGUCAACCCCAGAUAGCGGAGCACUCAAGGCAGUACAGGUAACCCAGCUGGACAGAGACACUGUUCUCAUUGCAUUAGAAAAAACUGUUAAGGUUGUGAAUCUCCGAGGGCUUCCAUCCAAAGAGCUGGCUCCUGAAAUGGUCUUUGACUUCCCCAUUGAAACUCUAGUCUGCUUACAGGAUAGUGUUCUGGCUUUCUGGAAGCACGGCCUCAAAGGGAGGAGUUUUCAUUCAAAUGAGGUGACCCAAGAAAUUACAGAUGAGAGUCGAGCAUUCAAAGUUUUGGGAACAAACAGGGACAUCAUCCUUCAGAGCACACCAACAGAUGACCCCUCAGCACUGAGCAACCUGUACAUCCUGACUGGACAUGAAAGCAGCUACUGAGAGGAGAUGUACCAACUUCUUCAAAACUCACACUGACGAGAAAUGCAGAUCUGCUCUAUUACCCCGUGGUGCAAACAAGGUCCUCCUUCACUGAAGCUGUAACAGACACUAGCAACAACUUUCUGGUCUGAGUGACACAUGUCAGUAUGGAAUUCAGCUGCCCGUCCAGACUCAAACUGAAAGACGUUGGGCAACACAUUUACGAGAGAUUCGCCAAUACGCUAAGUGCGUUUUCUAACUCUUACAUUUGCUAAAUAAAGCUGCAAAUGCCAAGAUUUCUUGUAAAAACAGUUCAUCUUACCAGCUUACAUCACAGUGUGACUGCAGCAGGGAAGACAUUCCUGCUGAUGGAGGUGCUACAGAUCGACUGCUGUCAGCAUGGACCAUAGACUGUAGAACAGCAUGCACAUAACAUCUGACGGGCGGCACACAAGUUUCUGAACUGUUUUGAAGCUUUCCUUUGGGUUUACUGCUUAUGACUGUUUUUGUCAGUUACUGGAACCAGAUCAUUUGGUCGGAUGAGAGGUGUAAGCUGCAUACACCACAGCUGAGUGUGAGAGGCUGAGGCCACAUCCACACUAAUUGGUUUUAAUUUUAAAACAGUGUUUUAAAACAAAAAUGAUCUCCGAAGGCACAAGCGUUUUAGCACAGUUUCAGAAAUUAUCUCUGUCCAUAUUGACACACCUGAAAACACACAUCAUAUGACCAUUCACCUACACUGGGUAUAUGCAUGCCAGUGCAAACAGGAAGCAGAUUGUCUGCUCUGUUGUUUGCUUAGUUACAGAAAAUACAGAGAUGGCGAACAGUAAGACCAUAGAUUUCUUAGCUUGGACCAACGACGAGGUGGAACUGUUAGUGAGAGUAACAUGAGAAAAACAGAUUGGGAGUCACUGAGCAGUAUCUAUCACUGUACGAAGUCAUGGUAAUGGGAAAAGAGUUCCCACACAAGAAGGAUCAAAUCACAGAAGUUAUGAGGACCUAACUAUAACGUUUUGGCUUGACUCGUCGUCACUGAUCCCCAAUCGGGAAGUGAACAUGGGUGUCUGCAUCAUCAUUUUCAAAAGCCUCCGUUUCCACCUGUGUAACCUCAAAACCAACCCCUGAGUUCUCAAAUAGGUCAGCAACGUUUUCAAAAUAGUAAUGCAUUCUAAAACAAAAACGUAUUAGUGUGUGGAUGUAGCCUGAGACUCCUGUCAAUCAGUCACAAAAGGAAUAUCGAUCCUCAUGAUUGCCACAAAGACGCACUGUAAAGGAAAUUAUAAAAUUUAGGACAUUUUCAAGGGAUUUCUGUGGAGUCUCAUGCUUGUGGCACCUAGUGACCAUUGGUGCAACCACAACUGAAUACAGUUGCUCCACCACUCAGGGGAGCAACAUAGGGGUUGCUUUUUGUUAUACACACUGGUCUGUCCAAUCAGUAAUGCUAUUGUUAUUACCACUUUCUCAUAAAUGCCAUUCACGUCAAAAUUGGGGUCAUGAUUAUAACUAGGAAACCAGGAUGUUUUUGAAAGAGCAUGGUAUUUUUAAGCCUCACACAACCUCCUCUGCAAUCUCAAGUGUCCCGAGUUGUCUCUCCCAUCUCUACCAUCCAUCCCAUCAGACCUCAAUGUCAGAACCAAUGACUGUAUAUAAAGACUGAAAAUGGCCCAUGUCCCAUCUGCUAACAUGGAGGGGGCAGGGCUAAUGAUCUAUACUGCAGCCAGCCACCAGGGGGCAAUCUAAAUGUUUUGGCUUCACUUUUGGGAAGCCAUCAUGUCAUCCAUCUUUAUAUACAGUCCAUGCCCAGAACCCAUCAGCUAUCGUCUGAUGAUGAUAAGCCUCAAGGGGCGAGGGCCACUAUUUCAGGUUGAUGCGAUGUAGUCAGCAGAUUUCCCUGCCAAGACUUCCUCAUCUGUGUGUCAGUCAUUUCAGCUAAUCUCUAUGAACAAAUAUCUCCAUAUGAAUGCAAAGAAAUUUAAAUAAGGCGAAUAUAAAGCUUACUAGUCAGAUGAUAGCCGGUAGAAACUAGAGCAGUUCUGGUACCAAAAUCUUGACACAUCCCCUACAGAUUUUGUGUACAUGUGCAGAUAUCAGUUUAUAGAGAUGUAUAACCUGAACUUGACAGAACCAAAGAAGCACAAAGUAGUUCUUCCUCACCCUCAAACAGCAGAUAUGAUUUUUUUUUUUUUUUACUCCUUCCACGGUUUGGUGUUUUGAUAAAAGGAAAGGUUUGGUGGAAGCUAGCUUAAAAAGAAGACAGGGCCUCGACUCUAUACAAUUUCCCAUGACGCAACAUGUCAGUGCAUAUUACAAAGAGUGUGUGUAACCAAGCUAACUUCUCAAAUGUAUACUUAUACAAGACUCUUGUCAGUCUGAAAUUCACAUUCAAAUGUAUUUUGAAAAUUGUGAAUGUGCCAGUGUAGCAGCAUUUAGGCUAUUAUUAUUUACCACCAUUUUGAUAAAUCCCAUUCAACUUUCUGAAUAUGAAGUGUCCCUCCAUACAGUCAGUUACCCAUUGGUGCCAAAAACUGUGACUCUAUCCCUCUUUCCUCGGCUUUGUUAUUAAUUCAGCUUACAUAUAGGCUAAAUAUACAUUUGAUUACAUGAGGUGCCAUAAAACUGAAUUCAGUUAAAUUGUACUUCUGCUUGUUUGACUAAAAUGUAAAUUCCACUACAUUAGAGUGUUGUGUAUCAUGAUAUUUGUUAUUUAUAGAAAGGGAAAUGUAUAAAUAACACUCAUCUGUCCCUGAGAGAUACUUGAAAGACAUACAUAAUAUGCAAAUAGAUAUUUGUUUUUUAAGAUGUUUUUAUUGUUACUGUGUAUACAUUUUAAGUACAUAACAAUGCAGUGUGCUCUUAUGGUAUUGAGGGGUUGUAAAAUACGCAAUAAAGAUUUGAAUAUCCUCUGAAGCUGAAGGAGAUAUAGGUAUGUUUCAUUGUCAUUACAAAGGUUCACUUGUAGCCUUAACAGAGGUUUGGUUAGGUGUCACAAUACAACAGUCGUAGUUAAUGUUUGUGGUCGCCUUAAGUGGGGAAACUCAUACUGAUACUGAUGCUCCUUAAACAAGUUACUGUACACGUGAUAUCAAAGAAAUCAAAAUAAACUUUAUUUAACAUUUCUGAACUGAGAAAAAGCGACAUGAUGAUAUCUAUGAUGUUCUAUUUUUUUGUGUGCUCUGACAAUUGUUGACCCCAAUUUAAGUACACUCUA